UUUAGGCAACCAUGUUUUUAUGGCAGGAGUCAACCAAAUAAAAGCAGCCCCACCAGUCUGUGGGGGAGAAAAGCCGCUGGUUCAAUGAAGUGAUCUAUUCAACUCAGUGUUUCUCUCUCUUGCUCUCUUCAUUAAUUACAUACUGUUGUGCCUUUUCAUCCUUUCCGUCUUUUGUUUUCUGUCUCUCUUACUUUUUAUUCCCCUCCUUCUUUCUCUGGAUGGCUGAGCUCUGACAAGGGGAUAGAAUCAAGAGUUUGGGAGAGGAGAGGGACAUUUGGGAGCGAGAUGGCGAGUGGGACGGUGGCGUUGUUCCUGUAUGGAUUCCUGCUCCUGUCUCUGUGGAAACCUUCACUGCAAGGAGGUGUGUACAUACCUGCUGGUGUAGGUGAAGGAGCUGGGACUGGAUUAGGAGCUGGAGCAGGAGUCAGAGCUGGAUUUGGUCCAGGUGGAGCUGGCACCGGUUUUGGGCCUGGUGGUGUAGGCACUGGAUAUGGGCCAGGUGGCGGAGCCGGAGUUGGACCAGGAGUUGGACCAGGAGGUGUAGGUGGAGCUGGCGCUGGUCCAGGUGGUGCAGGCUUUGGCCCUGGAGCCGGUGGAGGUUACACCAAGCCAGGGAAGACGGGAGCUGGCUAUGGUGGUCAGGUUGUAGGCCAAGGCCAAGGAGGACUGGGGACUGGAGGUCUGGGGGAAGGAAGAGUUAGACCAGAAGGAGCUGGGGCCGGACCAGGAGGUUAUGGACAUGGCGGUGGUUUAGGAGCUGGAGGCCUUGGAGCAGGAGCUGGCAAUGGAGGUUGGGGUCCUGGAGGACAGGGGGCUGGACUAGGAGCUGGAGGUCUGGGAGGAGGAGGUCUUAGACCAGGAGCCAGACCAGGAGGUUAUGGACCAGGUGGUUAUGGGCCUGGAGCUGGUCUUAGUCUGGGCGGAGCUGUAGCUGGAGGUCUUGGUGGUGGUUACGGACUUGGCGGGGGUCUAGGUGCCGGAGGCCUUGGAGCAGGAGCUGGAGGAAAGCCAGAGAAGGCAGGAGCUGGCUACGGUGGUAGAGAUCCAGGAGGACAGGGGGCUGGACUGGGUGUUGGAGGUUUUGGACCAGGUGGCUAUGGACCAGGUGGAGCUGGUGCCGGACCAGGUGGCUAUGGGCUUGGUGUUGGUCUUGGUCCUGGGGGAGCUGGUCCUGGAGUUUUUGGUGGUGGUUAUGGACCCGAUGGAACAGGAGCUGGCUAUGUAGGUCGCAGUCCUGGGGGACAGGGGGCUGGAUUAGGAGCUGGAGGCUAUGGACCAGGUGGAGCUGGACCAGGAGGAUAUGGGCCUGGUUCUGGUGUUGGCCAGGGUGGAGCUGGUCCAGGUGGUUUUGGUGGUGGUCUUGGAGCUGGCGGACAAGGAGACACCCUUGGAGCUGGGUAUGGAGGCCUCGGAGCUGGGGGACUGGGAUCCAGAGGUACAGGUCAGGGGGCUGGAGGACUUGGAGCAGGCCAAGGUCUUGGAGCCGGCCAAGGAGAUGGAUACAGACCUGGAGGAGGCUACGGUGGUGCUGCUGGUGGUCUGUACCCUGGAGCUGGAGGGGCGGGGGCAGGCCAGAAACCUCCCAAAACAGGAGCAGGAAGCACACUAGGAGGAGAUGGAUAUGGGCCUGGUGGUGCUGGUGGAUAUGGGCCUGGUGGUGCUGGUGGAUAUGGGCCUGGUGGCGCAGGUGGACUUGGGCCUGGUGGCACAGGUGGACAUGGGCCUGGUGGCGUAGGUGGACAUGGGCCUGGUGGCGUAGGUGGACAUGGGCCUGGUGGCGCAGGAACUGGGCCUGGUGGCGCAGGAACGGGACCUAGUGGCACAGGUGCAUAUGGUGCUGGUGGCGCAGGAACUGGCCCUAGUGGCGCAGGUGGAGUUGGCCUUGGUGGUUUUGGGCCUGGUGGCGCAGCAGUACCAGCUGGAGCACCAGUACUUCCACAGACUGGAGUCCCUGGGGGUGGAGCUAGAGAGAAGAGCGGUUGGAAGGCCAACAAACAAGUGCCAGGUGUUGGAGUACCUGGACUUUAUCAAGGUGGAAUAGUGCCUAGUCAAGGUUUCGGAGGGCGUGGGGUUCUACCAGGUGUUGCCACUGGAUCCGGACUUGCUCCCCAGACAGGGGCAGGUGUGCUGGGCCAGGGUGGAGUUGGAGCUGGCACUGGAGCUGGAGGUGGCCGAGGCAGUUUAAAUGGAGUGUUCCGUGGAUAUCCCCUCAUAUCACCUAAAUCUGGAGGGGCUGGAGGCAAAUCAGCUAAUUCCCAGGCCAAGCUUGCUGCUAAAUAUGCUGGAGGUGUACUUCGUCAAGGGGGCAUGUCGGGAGCAGGAGGAGUACCUAUCGGUGUACCUGGAUCAGGUGGGGUCCCUGGUUAUGGAGCUGGAGGUGUACUUCGUCAAGGGGGCAUGGCCGGAGCAGGAGGCAUACCUAGCGGCGUACCUGGAGCAGAUGGGGUCCCUGGUUAUGGAGUUGGAGCUGGUGGUGUACCUGGUUACGGAGGUGGAGCAGGAGGCAUACCUGGAUUCGGAGGCGUAACCAGAGCAGGAGGCGUACCUGGUUACGGGGGCGGAGCCGGACCAGGAGGCGUACCUGGGGCAGGGGGCGUCCCUGGCUCAGGUGGGUAUGGAUACCCAGGGGGUUACCCAGGUGGAGGGCGGUACCCUGGGGCUGGCCUAGGUGUAGGAGGUGCCUACCCCGGAGAAGCUGGAUCUAAGGCAGCCAAAUAUGGUCAGGGUGGAGCAGGCACUGGAGCUGGUGGUGGGCUCAGCCAGGGAGUGCCUGCAUCUGGGAUUGGAACCGGAAGACUGCCUGGUGGGGCUGGAGGGGAACCAGGAGGCGGUUACAGGCCUGGCGGUAGCUUCGGUCCUGGAGGUGGAGUUGGACCAGGUGGGGCCAGUUAUGGACCAGGUGGGGCCGGCUAUGGACCAGGUGGAGCUGGACCUGGUGGCUAUGGACCAGGUAGUGCUGGAAGUUUUGGAACAGGUGGAGGGGUUGGACCAGGUGGUGCCGGGGAAGGACAUGGUGGAGCUGGCUAUGGACCAGGUGGAGGAGUUGGUGGAGUGCCUGGUGGUGGACACAGACCUGGAGGUGGUUUACCUGGUAGUGGUGCUGGUUACGGACCUGGUGCUGGUGUUGGAGGAUAUGAUGCAAAUGCCAAAGCUCGUAAAUAUGGUAUGCUAAGUGGUGUCCUUGGGACCCCAGGAGGAGGACAGGCAGCCAGCCUGGGAGGAGUACCAGGAGGGGGAGCAGGGACUGGAGUAGGCCAGGGUGGAGUGCCUGGAUCUGGGCUUGGUGGUGGUGGAGGUGUCCCUGGUGGUUAUGGUCCUGGAGCUGGAUUUGGACCUGGCCGUGGAACCGGUGGUGGUUAUGGAUCAGGAGUGGGUGCUGGGACUGGACCUGGCCAGGGAGCAGGGCCUGGAGCUGGGCUUGGUGCUGGUGGAGUGCCUGGUGGUGGAUACAGACCCGGAGGUGGUUUACCUGGUAGUGGUGCUGGUUAUGGACCUGGUGCUGGUGUUGGAGGAUAUCCUGCUGGGGCUAAGUCUCUGAAAUACGGUCCAGGAGGAGGUGGAGGAGCUCCGGGUGGAGGCCUUGGUGGGCGAUUCGGUGCCCCGGGAGGAGGUCUGCCAGGAGGAGGCUACGUACCAGGGGCAGGAGGCGCCUUAGGAGCAGGAGAAGCAGGAGCAGGAGGAAGAGUGCCUGGGGGUGGAUACGGGACUGGAGCUGGGCCUGGUGCAGGAACAGGGCCUGGAGCUGGGUACGGUCAGGGAGCAGGAGGAGUCCCUGGAGGAGGCUAUGAAGCUAGGGUGAGAGCAGGAGGACUACCUGGGGCCGGAUAUGGACCUGGAAGAGGAUAUGGAGCCGGAUCAAAAGCUGCUAAAUAUGGACAAGUUGCUGGUGGGGCCGGUGGAGCCCUUGGAGGAGGAGCUGGACAAGGAUUCGGAGGGGUACCAGGUGGCUAUGGACCAGGUGGCUUCGGAGCCGGACCAGGUGGCUUCGGAGCCGGACCAGGUGGCUUCGGAGCCGGACCAGGUGGCUUUGGAGCCGGACCAGGUGGCUAUGGACCCGGGGGCGGAGCAGGAUCAGGAGGGGUGCCAGGUGGGCUUCCAGGAGGGUACAGCGGUUCUCCCUGGGGGAAAAGGGGCUACGGUACUGGAUCUGAAUUUAAGGCAGACAAAUACGGACCAGGUGGGGCAGGAGGGGCCCUUGGUGCUGGGGCAGCUGGAGGUGCAGGGGCUGGGACAGGGGCUGGGACCGGAGCUGGGACAGGUGCUGGAGGAGGUGCAGGACCUACACCUGGCCCUGGCACAAGAGCAGGAGGAGAUGGCACUGUGACAGGAGCCGGAGGAAACAGGACAGGCGCAGGAGGAGCAGGCACAGGAGCAGGAGGUGAGCCUGGUGGUGCCGGUGGGGUUCUAGAAGGAUCUGGAAGUUCUGGUGGCCCAGGAGAUGGCACCGGCGUCACAGCUGGUGCUGUUGGAGGAGGGGUGGGAGACACAGGAAUCCCUAGCAUUGGAGGAAAACCAGAUCAAUCGGGGCUCAGGGGGACAGCAAUCCCAGGCAUCGCUAUUAUCAUUAGUGACACAGCCCCUGAUUCACCCAGUGGAAUUGCAGUGCCAGAAACUGGGGCUGGAGUUGUUCAACCCAGUGCUGGGGCUGGAGUUGAUGGGGUAGGAGUUCCCUCUGGAGAGGACUCAGGAGCUGGUGUUGAGCACCAGAGCCAGUCUGGUGCUGGUCUGGAAACAGGCAUCGGUAUUGGUGCCGGCGGAAAACCCUCUAAAGAAAGACAAGCAGGUGCUGCUAACGGUGAUAUCACUGGAGGGGGGACUCUACCUGGAGCUAAACCUCUGAAGGCUCCAAGAGGAGAUACACCUGGUGAAGGAGAGGGAGAUGCAGGAGGAGGAGCAAGUGGUGUUGGUGGAGGUCCUGAUGGUGCAGGAGGAGCAGGCAGUGGAUCUGGCGGAGUAGGAAGAGAUGGUGAUGGUAAAGGAGGAGGAGGACCGGGAGGAGCAGGGGGGAAAGACGGUGGUGCAGUUAGAGUGGGAGGAAGUCCUAACGGUACAGGGGGAGCUGGAGGUUCAGGAGGUGGAGGAGCAGGAGUAGAACCUGGAGGAGGUGCAGGACCAGGCAGUAGUGACAAACCACCCAAAGGUUAUGGAGCAGGUGGGGCUGGCAGUCUGGGUGCAGGAGGUGCUGGAGGAGCAGCUCUGGUCCCUGGGUCUGGUGGUGCCGGUGAUGUAGGAGCUGGAACCCCCAAACCAGGAAAAAGCUACGGAGCUGGUGGAGUCCUGCCAGGUGGAGGAUAUGGUGCUGGCCAAUUUGGAGCAGGAGGACGACGUCCUGGAGGAUAUGGUGCCGGACCAGGCGGAUACGGAGCCAGUCCUGGAGGAUAUGGCACUGGACCCGGUGGAUAUGGGGCCAGACCCGGUGGUUAUGGUGCUGGUUCAGGUGGUUAUGGGGCUGGAGCUGGUCCUGGUGGCUAUGGUGCUGGGCCAGGUGGAUAUGGUGCUGGGCAAGGUGGCUAUGGUGCUGGGCCAGGUGGCUACGGGACAGGGGCUGGGCCUGGAGGAUAUGGAUCCAAGCCAUACAAGACUGGAGGUGCUGGAGCCGGUGGUGUUGGUGGAGGUCUGGGUGGAGCUGGCAGCCUGGGUGCCAUAGGAGCCGGACCAGGAGGAGUGGGUGGAGGUCAAGGUGGAGCUGGACCAGGUGGAUAUAUACCAGGUGGAGUUGGUAGCAGAUACCCCACAGGUGCUGGAACUGGUACAGGAACUGGCACUGGAAAACCACCUAAAAGCUAUGGGAGAGCUGUUGGAGCUGGAGAUGGGCUUGGUGGUUAUGGUGGCGGAACAGUUGGUUAUGGACCAGGAGGAACCGGGGCCGGACUAGGUGGGGCUGGGGCCGGGCAAGGUGGAUAUGGUGCCGGACAUAAAGGUUAUGGGCCAGGUGGAGCAGGGCCGGGAGGAGCUGGGGUCAGACCAGGUGGAGCAGAGGCCGGACCUGGUGGCUAUGGUGCAGGGCCUGGAGGUUAUGGGCCUGGGGCUGGUCUUGGUCCUGGAGGUUAUGGGGCUGAACCUGGUGGCUAUGGACCAGGUAGAGCAGGGCCGGGAGGAGCUGGGGUCAGACCAGGUGGAGCCAGACCAGGUGGAGCAGAGGCAGGACCUGGUGGCUAUGGUGCUGGGCCUGGAGGUUAUGGGCCUGGGGCUGGUUUUGGUCCUGGCGUAGCUGGUCCUGGAGGUUAUGGGGCUGGACCUGGUGGCUAUGGACCACUUGGAGCUGGGGCUGGACAGGGAACUGGAGCUGGAGGGUAUGACGCAAAUGCAAAAGCUCGUAAAUAUGGUAUGCUAAGUGGUUCCCUUGGAGGAGGACAAGCAGCUGGCCAGGGAAGAGUGCCAGGAGGGGGAGCAAGGGCUGGGCUAGGUCAGGGAGGAGUGCCUGGAGGGGGAGCAGGUACUGGGCUAGGCCAUGGAGGAGUGCCUGGAUCUGCGCUUGGUGGCGGUAGUGGUCCGGGUGCUGGGUAUGGACCUGGCAUUGGAACCCAUGGAGGUUAUGGGCCAGGAGGUGGUGCUGGGACCGGACUUGGUCAGGGAAGAGCCGGGGCCGGACCAGGUGACUAUGGACCACUUGGAGCUGGGGCUGGACAGGGAACUGGAGCUGGAGGGUAUGACGCAAAUGCAAAAGCUCGUAAAUAUGGUAUGCUAAGUGGUUCCCUUGGAGGAGGACAAGCAGCUGGCCAGGGAAGAGUGCCAGGAGGGGGAGCAAGGGCUGGGCUAGGUCAGGGAGGAGUGCCUGGAGGGGGAGCAGGUACUGGGCUAGGCCAUGGAGGAGUGCCUGGAUCUGCGCUUGGUGGCGGUAGUGGUCCGGGUGCUGGGUAUGGACCUGGCAUUGGAACCCAUGGAGGUUAUGGGCCAGGAGGUGGUGCUGGGACCGGACUUGGUCAGGGAAGAGCCGGGGCCGGACCAGGUGGCUAUGGACCACUUGGAGCUGGGGCUGGACAGGGAACUGGAGCUGGAGGGUAUGACGCAAAUGCAAAAGCUCGUAAAUAUGGUAUGCUAAGUGGUACCAUUGGAGGAGGACAAGCAGCUGGCCAGGGAAGUGUGCCAGGAGGUGGAGCAGGGACUGGAGUAGGCCAGGGUGGAGUGCCUGGAUCUGGGCUUGGUGGUGGUGGAGGUGUCCCCGGUGGUUAUGGUCCUGGAGCUGGAUUUGGACCUGGUGGUGGAACUGUUGGUGGUUAUGGACCAGGAGGGGGUGCUGGGACUGGACUUGGCCAGGGAGGAGUUGGGGCCGUACCAGAUGGCUAUGGGACUGGGCCUGGUGGUUAUGGACCAGGUGGAGCCGGACAGGGUGCAGUGAAGCCAAACAAAUCAGGUUAUGGCUCCUCCUCCUCGGGUGGAGCUCUCUUUGGACCAGGUGGUGGAGCAGGUGGGGUACCUGGUGCUGGAGCUACCGGGCGAAGAGGAGGAGUACCAGGAGGCUACGGAGUAGGAGAAGCGGGACAGUCAGGGCAGAAAUCAAAGGCACAGAAGGCAGCCAAAUACACAGCCAUGCAAGGCUUCCUGGGAGCACGCAGCUACAGAGGGGUCGCCGACUGCCAGGGUAUAUACUGCGGACGGAGGAGGAAGUGAGAGAGCAGCAAAAAGAAGUGACCUCAUCAACAACAUUGUGGUGCUACUGCAUGAUUCAAGAAUGUACUGAUUUUCAACUACUAAUAUGUCCCUUUUUUCUUUUAAAGUGUGAAUCUCGGGCAAUGGCAAAACCAGAGCCUGUUUGAUCUUUUAUUCUGAAACUGUGAUCAUGUGUUUAUUGUUCCUCACCUGUACCCCUUUAGCCCCUCCUGUGUGUACCCCAUUUACCCAUUUAGCUCCACCACGAAUCAUGUUUGUUUAAAACACUGAUACUAAGGCGUCCCACAACGGAGUGCCUCUAGACCUGUCUGUAUGCUGACUAAACUGUCUGUUUUCUGAUUAAUGUGACUAACAUCCCUCUAUAAAGCUAUGCUAUUGACACACAGGCCCAGACUUACUCAACAUUUGCACCUGCACUUUUCAAUAUACCUAGUUUUUGUUCAAGUUGUUUAGUUGCAAACAUUUACAAUAUCUGGCCCAAGGCGUCUUGAGAUACAUAUACACACACUGCUGCCAUAAAUUAAAAGCAUAGGAGAUAUCUUUAGAGUGGUAAUCUUACAACCACCAUUUUUGAUUUAGAACUGUGUCCACUCUGAACCCCCAAAAGCAGUGUGUGUCCACAGCAACGCUCAUGUUCUAACUCUGAUUCGAGUUUCAGUAGUUCUCAAAAAAAGGGAGCUUAUUGCCCUUAGAGCCAUUAGUAAAGGUUUUAAGAUCUUAUAUGCAGUCGUGUAUAAUGCCUUUACAGAAUAUAUAUAUAGUAAGGUUUAACUAAGCCACUUGCCUGAAAUAUUAUCAACAUCUUUCUGAAUGGCUGUAUAACACUGAAUUGCUGUGAGUGUUUUGAAUACUUAAUCACACUGAUAUGACUGUGUUAGUACAGCCAUAGUUGAGAUGACUGAAAAUGCAAACAUAUAUUUUCUUUGUUUAAAAUCCUCAUCUUGGCUUUACUGAGAGCAACAGUACCUACAUGACAUUUGCAGUUGAUUAAAACUAAUAUUAUAAUCAUGCUCAUCUCCACAGAUUGGCCUGUUUUCAGACCUAUCACCGUAAAACAUAAUUCUGUUAACUCAAAUUAUUUGAAAAACUGAUUGCCUUGACUCAUUAAAUUAAAGCAACACAUUUUUUGUAAGUUACCAGUACUCAGUUCAUUUAGUUUUAGUGACUUAGAAGAUUAUGUUACACAGUGAACUGUAGAGAGCAUAUAACUGCAGACUGUUGACAAAAGCCCAACGUUUUUUCGCGCUUUAAUUCACCCAGGAAAUAGAAUGCAUGGGAGAGAAUGAGAGACAACAGAUGGGCCUCAACGGUGUCAUUACACAUCAGUUUAGAAAGCAAGUCUAUUUCUCUCCACAUCUACAAGAAGCAAUGCUGGUAAAAUUAGCAAAUAAAUUGCCAGAAAAUAGACUGUUUGCAUCGUUAUGUCUGGAAAUGUGAAAUGUAUAGUUAAAAAGUGUCUAUUCAGUGUUGAUCAGUUUAACUGCCAAUACAUAUUUGAAAACAAAUGCAUAGAAUUUUGAUCACGGGCAUAUAGCCUAGGCCAGGGGUCUCCAAAGUUUUUUCUAGCCUGAGUUACUUUAAGAAAAAUGUAACAUGUCGCUUCUCUUCUCCCAUUCAACUCUUCCUCUGGUCCUUAGUGUAUAAGAGAAAGUAGUGCACUGUUUUCUGUCAAUAUACCUGGUAAAAUAAGGAUUAAUAAACAACUCUAAGGGGAGACCUAUGAAGUCAGAUAUGUUUUCUCCAAAAUUAUGUUUUCAAUUUCCCAAAAUAAGUUUUCUCUGUUUACUAUUUUCUGGUUUAAGAUGUUGAUUUUACUCUCAAAAUUACAAUUGUUCAUAGAGAAGUUUGUUCUGAGGACAUGUCAAUGGUUAAAUCACAUCAGGAUACCUUUUUUUUUUUGGGGGGGGGGGGGGGGGGGGGGCGACGACAAAUAGAUUUCCCCUUUAUUGUGCAUCUAGCGAGUAAGGAAUGUGCCGUCUAAUGUGCCAGUCUGGCGAUGGUUCUGUACUGCUGCUGCUGCUCAUUUAAUGGCAAAAUUUGUAAAUAACAAAUAGAUCCAAAUGAUAUAUUUACUUAUGAUAAACUUCUGCCUGGUGAGCCUACUGUCAGCCCACAAGACGGUUAUCGCAUCACCUGGCUACACACGGAGUGAUUGACAAACGCGCCACACCAUAUACAGUUGACAUACGGGCAAUACUACCGGAAAUUAAUUGGCAGAUAUUGUGAAGGUUUAAUUCUUUAUGCCAAUAGUGGCUAACAAGGGGUGGGAUAAUGUCAAUGUUGAGUUGUUUAGAUAGGUGGUAGCUUGCAGUGUCGGAUAAUUGGGAGAUUUGUUUAUGACAGUUUGCGAUGGAACAGAUAAAAAAUUGCAUAUGCUUUCAGAAUUGUUUGGUUAGCUACUCAUAGGUGAGCUGCGAGCUACUGGUAGCUCAUGAUCGACCUGCUGGAGACCCCAGGCCUUGGCAGACUACGGCUGGGAAACUCGAGGAACUGCGAUUUCAAGAGAGAAUACUAUUAUGUAGGAAGAACGAACUAGCUAAAUUCCUUAUAGACUGCUCGGGUUUAUUAGCUACAACUCUCCUUAUGUUCAUGAAUAACAAUUUUUUAGCCUGUGCAGGCAGGUACGGUGGCUCCCAUAGGACAUCUAAGAUGAGUCAAAAGGAACACACAAAAAUAGUUCCCAGGUGCUAUAUAGCGAACAUAACAAUUACAACUGUUUAUUAUGGAUUAUCAUGACGAUUCCGUUGGCAUACGCUACGCAGUAUAUGUGAAUUGACGCUGGCCUCUCGCAAGCAAAUUUCACACCGUUGACAGGCAUCUCCGGGUGUAAUUUCGGUUUAACACCGAUGCAGUUCAAGUCUUUUCACUCUGAACUUAAACUAUUUGUUUACUUUAGCUUUUUAAAUUAUGAAGCAAAAAAAUGCUAAAACAUUUUCAACAAUGUCUACUCUUCUGAUUUAAAAAAAAAUGAAGUGCUUUAUUUUUUUACAUUGUCUUUGAAUGCGCUCUAAUGCUAGUGUUACCUGAGAUGUCAUGUUACAGGUUUAAUGAAACUUUGUAAUCUUCAGUUAUCAUCUAUGGGCUCUAGUGUUUAUAUCAUUAAGCCCAGACAGACAAAGAACAUCUGUGUUUUACCUUAGAAGAGAAUGAUGCACUUUUUUUUUUUACACAGUACACAGUUUUUAAAUAAAGAAAUUACCUGAA